AAUUGUUAGGAACAGCAGAAACCCUUAAGGCACGCUUUGAAUUAGGUUCCACCAUCUUUUCCUUUGCGCUCGCACGCAGCAAUGUGGGGCACGCUGUCAAAAUGAGUUUUUUCAAGAAAAAUGUAUGAAUCAAGCUUCAAGGAAAUCCUUCGUUUUAAAUCGUUAAUUACUUUGUAACGGAACUAUAUUUGAAGAAUCCGCCGUAAUUUAUGUUUUUUUCUGUCGAGGAUAUAGUUUAAAAAAAUAACGCAUUUUCUAACUUUCACAUACCUUUUUAAUGAUUUUGUACUGACACGGAAGGCUUUAGUCCAGGGAACGAUUUAAAGCAUACGAAAGCUACAUCCGUGAAAGAAAUCUUCAUAAUGAUACUGCUAAACCUAUUUUACAAACACAAUACUGACAAAAAAGCAUUAGUCGUGCAAAUACAAUGAAAGCGAACUCGCCAUCACCUUGCAACAUAUGGGCUCUAUUGUUAUGUGUUCACGAAAAUCUCACAGGGCUAAACGAAUUCGAACUGCAUUUACAACUGGUCUUAUAUCUGUAAUUCCACUUGCUUUUUACGGUAUUUUGAUAUCGAAUGACGGCAUGGAUUUUUAACCAGAAAAGCUGGCGGGAUUUACAUCUCUUAAGAUGCCGAGAUAUUUCUAUUGAAAGCUAUUUACAUUUAGGCUGAUAACAAUUAGCUUGCCGGGCUAAGUAACACCAAAAGCUUUCCUGUUGAUGUCAUCACGAUAAUGAGAUUAUUCGAGAAAACGCUAUACAGCUAGUAGGCUUUGGUGCGAACAAGGAGCUUAGCUCUCCAGAACUAAGUAAAAAAGCAAUUUCCUUUUUUUACAGUUUGGAGACUGUUCUGCUGUUUGUAGACUCCGCCAUCAUGGAUCUCACCGUCUUCCAUAUCACCAUGCUAUGGAUUGUCACCUGCAUUCUCGUCCAGAAUGCAGAGAGAAGUGUUUCACAAGGAUUUCGUCAUGGUGUUACCAGGGAGAUAUGGCAGUCUGUUUCAGGCCAACACUUGUACAAUCUCACUUCUUCUUCUCAAUAUCAGGAAAGCCCGACCAUCAAGGACACUUUGAACCAUUUCGUUGCAAAUGAAAAUAUAGGAAACAACUAUGGCCAGCGGCUAACUACAUUCUACAGGGCCCCCGAAACAGGUCAAUAUGUGUUCUACUUGACAUGUCAAGACGAGUGUGAGCUGUGGUUGAGUACUAAUGAUGCACCUGACAACAUUAAAAGAAUUCUGUUUAUUUCCUUUGGGCUGAAUCUUAACUACAACGAGUGGGAGAGAAGUCCCACUCAAAAAUCAUUACCGGUACACCUUUGCAGUGGGGAGUUCUACUUCAUGCAAGCCAUCAUGAAAGCUGGCUCAAGCUCCCAUGAUCACCUUGGGGUUGGCGUGCUUCAACCGAGGGGAGAAAAAUACCAGCCAAUCCUGAAUGGCGACUUGUUCUUUGAACUACCAGAGAGAAGAAGAUCUUUGUUUCUUCUCGUGGGAAAGGACACAGCUUUAGUUGGUCACGUGAUGUCGUCACUCACUGUUGGCAACAUGGAAUGUUCAUUGUACUGUGCACGUGACAAAACCUGCCAAUCAUACAACUACUUCAAAGAACAAGGCAUCUGUGAAUUGAAUAACGAAACAAGCGCAAACAACGCGAAAAGACUGGUACCCAGCAUGGCUGUGGAGUACUACGAGAAAAUAUAACUGCAACUGUCCUUUCAGGAGUAAACAGCAACCAAAAACUGGCAAGCAAAAACUCCAAUCACUAGCCCUUAUAUGGAAACAGAUGAUUACCAGCUGUGUACUCAGCUGUCUGGGGCGUAUGUUCAGGGCCUGGUUGCUCAAAGCAAGACUCGCUUCCACUCCCCCACCGACCCAGGAAAUAAGCAGAAGCCCAUCAGCGGAGUUUCCCUAAGCCUCUCUAUCAAAGCGAGGCCUGUAGUAGCUUGUUCCAGGCUCUCGGUCAGUGGGGACGAUCGAAAAAGAGGGUGACGAGCGGAGUCUGGGAGAGAAAAGCCUGGUGCACAACCAUUCAUAUGGAAAUGAAUUGAAUUUGCACGUGAAUGAAAUCUCAUUUUUGUAUGAAAGGAUGGGCACCAAGACUCGCUUUAAGGAAGAGGCUAAAGGUAAUUCGGAAAUGGCCUAUUGUCCGGUAACUCAGCUGAGAGCAAUUCUAAGCGCGCUUUUCGCUGCGUUAGCUGUAAGUUCAGAAGAGUUUGCAAAACAAUUUCAACCGACUAACAAGGGAACAAAGUUUACAAACUUAUAAGUUCAUCUGCUUUUUUCGUCAUCGAAAGCUUCAGGUUUCAUGUAAUCAUAUGUACAAUCAUAGGUCUGUAGUGAAAUUAAAGGUGAUAUGAACUUUAAAGAAAUUGUCUGUUUUACAGAUGUUUAUGAUAGACAAGCUAGGAAAAGAAUAAAGGAUUUGAAAAAAAAAAAUACACACCAAAAAUUAGGAAGCCAGCCUCAUCCCAAGCUCGUUCCCAGGGUGCUUUUUCCCUUCAAAUGUACGAAGGGCCACAUUUAAAGAAAAAAGCGCUUGAGCCUGAUCCUAGACUGCUCUAACGUGUUGGUAGCCUGUCUCAUUCACUUUCUUUCUCCAUUCCUCCCGGCUCCAUUCUCGUCAUUCUUCAUGUACAAAGCCACCAAGGACACCCUCCCGAAAGUGUGGUUUACACAUCUAGGUAACUCCAAAAUGCAAGUUCGUCACCCUAACAAACCGUGAUAACUCAAGCAUAAAUAACCUCCAAUUACAGACUCCUCUCGCCACUUUCCUUCUCGCGAAAGCCGAGCUCCUAUUCGCAGGCUAACAGAUAGAGUCCACUCUUAAACAAACAGAUUUCGUGUUGCUGUGUGUCUGUUGAGUUAUUGUUCACAGAUGACGCCAAAAUGCGGUAAGAACAAAGAAGUGACAGACGAGGCGAUAGCCGAGUGUGUCACUGAUCAGUUCUUACCACAUUUUGACGUCUUCCGUGAUCUAUUAUCUAUUCGCGGUAUCAUAGAAUCCUUUCUUUUACAUAAUAAAGAGAAAGGAACAACAUUGUCAGUGUCGUCAUCUAUGCGUCGUCUUCCAAUUGAUCAAAAGAAUCAAUCGAAAUACGAGAAUAAUUCGGCGUAUUAUAUAAAGGCAGGUUUGUUGCCACAGGGGAGCCCACAGGGGACGAAGAGGACUAAGUAAGGUUUUCACAAGCGCAAAAGCAACAUAUGCAGACUCCGUAAGACGUUGCUAGGUAACACCUUUUAGACUCUUUUUGUUAUGAAUUUUCCAAACUAGAAGCGCAAACUACAAAACUCCAAAAGUCCACCUAGAGGUCAACCUAGAGGUCGCCAAGAGA